AUGAUGGACCAGAUUCCAGCAUCAGAUGAGACUAGUCCAGUCUUAACAGAUUCUUGUAUCAGAGUUUUUCAUGAUAUCCCUAGUCUCCGUCGAUGGCGCCUGCAACAACUUCUGGACGCUCGUCCAAUUGCUCUUGUACCUACCAUGGGAGCUCUUCACGAAGGCCAUAUUUCUUUGGCUAAUAUGGCUGCCAAGGAUAAAUUUGCUGUUGUUGUCAGCAUCUAUCUCAACCCGACCCAAUUUGGCGUUCAAGAUGACCUUGAUAGUUAUCCAAAAACAUUGUUACAGGACUUGGAGUUGUUAAGACGUCUAAAUGACAAACUCGCUGUUGAUAUUGGAAAACCAGGGAGAAUAGCCGCUGUCUUUGCUCCUAGCACCGACACAAUGUACCCAAGCGGAUUUCCUAGUCAAGAGUGUGAUGCUAAAGGCAGCUUUGUUACAAUAACACCAGUAGGUGAGAUAUUGGAAGGUGCAAGCCGGCCUACGUUUUUCAGAGGUGUUGCCACUAUAUGCACCAAGCUCUUUAAUAUUGUCUCUCCAAAUAGAGUUUAUUUUGGACAAAAAGAUAUUCAACAAACGGUUGUUAUCAAAAAAAUGAUUCGGGAUCUUUGUUUUGACACAAAAAUUAUCGUUGGUCCGACGCAGAGAGAAGAAGAUGGCUUGGCAAUGAGCUCUCGAAAUGUUUACCUUGGUACUAGACGAAGAAAUGCAGCGACAGUGCUCUAUCGAUCAUUACAGCUAGCUGAAAAUAAAUAUUUAGAAGAUUGUCGAAGUAGGGAUGAAAUUAUUGAGCCAGCACUCAACUUUAUUCGCGACGAACAGGAGCUCAGAAAUCGUGACGGUGUAAAAUUUGAAUUGGACUAUAUUUCUCUAAGUGAUCCUGAUACAAUGGAGGAAAUUGAUCAAGUUGAUUUGAAAAAAGGUGCAAUAAUAAGUGGAGCAAUUAAAAUGAUGCCUCUCGAUUUACCUCGACCUGACGAAGAUUUGGGACUUUGUAAGGGUCCAUUAGUGAGGCUACUUGACAAUAUCAUCCUUCUUCCCAAGGAUUGA